AUGUUGGGGGUAAUCCUGGCAGCUGGUAUAAUCCAUCUUCUUCAAGGUAAUGUAGAAAUCUAGUUAAAAACAGAAAUAUAAUACGUUGCUUACGAAAUAGUGUAAAAUAUAAAACAGUAUUUAUUAUUAAGUAUAUUUCUCAAAUGAAGAGAAUCAAACGGUCUUAGUAGGUUUUUCAAAGUUGGAAGGAAUGAGAAUAUAUAUUUUAAAAUAUACACAAUCUAUUUAAGAAUUCUUUUUAAUAGAUCGUGUAUAUAUGUAUUCAUGUACACUUUUUCGGAAUAACAUUAGAUUUAAAUUUCCUGAAACCAUCAGCCGGUAAGGUACCUUGAUCCUCAGCAAUUUCAUAUCCUCUAUUUCCAGGCGAAGUGGGAUGUACAGGACUAGCGGGUCCAAAUCAAAUAGAUUUAGAAUCAGGUACGUUCUGCAAUGUUGUAACCAUGAAAUAAUUAACGUAUUACAGUACAAAACCCAUGGUAGAACCCUGUAUGAGAUGUUAUUUCAAAUCCUUCAAUUCGGACUCAUUCUCGUCCUCAGAGCCAUUUUAACUUGGUCACUCGUUGAAAAUUAGGCUCUGGGUCAGACGACUAAAGGGAGAGAUCUGAUUGGCUUUUCAGAGAAAUGCUAUUUCCAAGAAGUUGAACAGUUUUCGCUACGCAAAAUUAUUCUAUCAAAAUAUAUCAACACAAAUACGUUUCUUCGUAAUACUUCUCUGUUAAAAUUGUUAAAUAUGCUAAAGCGUCCCGAUUCAAGGGCAUGCGCUUUGGAAACUACUGCAAGUUUUCUUGCACUUCCGGUUCCGUGUAUCCCAGGGCCUAUCAUCGGCUUCGCCUCAGACUUGAUCAAAUUGUGCAGACUUGAAAUCUAGUCCAGUCCUCACAGUCGGUUUUGAAAUAUUACUUUAAUUCUUUCUAGAAAAGGCAAUAACAGUGUGUACCUCUCAAAAGAGAUCGCUGACGUGUGGUUCUCCAGGAUCCAGUAUUGCGAUCACUGACGUAUUCUGGGGGAGACAGUCACGUGAUAUCUGUCCCUCGGAUGAUGGGGACGAACACGUGGAUUGUGGUGCAGCGAAGGAGACGCCAGGGAUAGUGAGGGGUAUGUGCCAAGGAAAAGCUGCGUGUCAACUGGAGGCAAAACACAAGUUGUUACAGAAUCCUGAAUCUCGUCAUUGUCCAG